ACUGGUGCCUCCACUUCUGCCAGCUGCCUGGUGGUAAGAACUUGGUCACUCCCAGCACUGCAGGGCCCUGUCCCACACUGGCUGCUGCCUCUGAUUGAGUGCCUGGAGGGAUGUGUGUGCCAGCCCUCGGUCCAGUGCCCGCUCCUGAGGUGACGCCUGCUGGUUCCCGACUGGUUCCUGUUUUUCCUCUGCACGUAACCCUCUGGUUGGAUAGCCGCUGCCCGGGAGAGGCGACCCGGGCACCCCGCUAGGGUGCCGGCCCUGCCCCAAGGGCCGAGAUCAUGAAAGGCCUCGGUGACAGCCGCCCCCGCCACCUCUCCGACAGCCUGGACCCACCACACGAGCCCCUGUUUGCGGGGCCUGACCGCAACCCCUACCUGCUGUCGCCCACGGAGGCCUUUGCCCGGGAGGCUCGCUUCCCUGGGCAGAAUGCUUUGCCAGGGGAUAGUCUCUUCCCACUCAACAACCAGCUGCCACCACCAAGCAGUACCUUCCCCCGCAUCCACUAUAAUUCCCACUUCGAGGUGCCAGAAGAGAGCCCCUUCCCCAGCCAUGCCCAGGCCACCAAGAUCAACCGGCUGCCCGCCAACCUCCUGGACCAGUUUGAGAAGCAGCUGCCCAUCCACCGAGAUGGCUUCAGCACUCUCCAGUUCCCCCGCGGCGAGGCCAAGGCCCGGGGCGAGAGUCCCGGUCGCAUCCGCCACCUGGUCCACUCGGUCCAGAGGCUCUUCUUCACCAAGGCACCCUCAAUGGAGGGCACAGCAGGCAAGAUCGGUGCCAAUGGCAGCAAGAAAGGUGGCUUGGAGGAUGGCAAGGGCCGGAGGGCCAAGAGCAAGGAGCGGGCCAAGGCCGGGGAGCCCAAACGGCGCAGCCGCUCCAACAUCUCGGGCUGGUGGAGCUCCGAUGACAACUUGGACGGUGAGGGUGGUGCCUUCCGCAGCAGCGGGCCAGCCUCCGGGCUGAUGACACUAGGCCGCCAGGCAGAACGCAGCCAGCCUCGUUACUUUAUGCACGCCUACAACACCAUCAGCGGGCACAUGCUCAAAGCCGCCAAGAACAAUACCACUGAGCUGACUGCCCCGCCACCCCCGUCCGCACCCCCGGCCUCCUGCCCCAGCCUUGGGGUGGGCACUGACACCAACUAUGUCAAGCGGGGCUCCUGGUCCACUCUGACCCUCAGCCACGCCCACGAGGUGUGCCAGAAGACCUCAGCCACCUUGGACAAGAGCCUGCUCAAGUCCAAAUCCUGCCACCAGGGUCUAGCCUACCACUACCUGCAGGUGCCCGGCGGCGGUGGCGGCGAGUGGAGCACCGCACUGCUGUCCCCGCACGAUGCGGACACCACAGCGGAGGGCCACAUCCCCUGCCGACGCAUGCGCAGCGGCAGCUACAUCAAGGCCAUGGGCGACGAGGACAGCGACGACUCUGGCGGCAGCCCCAAACCCUCACCCAAGACUGCGGCGCGGCGCCAGAGCUACCUGAGGGCCACGCAGCAGUCACUGGGAGAGCAGAGCAACCCGCGCAGGAGUCUGGACCGCCUGGAUUCCGUGGACAUGCUGCUGCCCUCCAAGUGUCCGAGCUGGGAGGAAGACUACAACCCCAUCAGCGACAGCCUCAACGACUCCAGCUGCAUCAGCCAGAUUUUCGGACAGGCCUCCCUGAUCCCCCAGUUGUUUGGCCAUGAGCAGCAGGUACGGGAGGCGGAUCUGAGCGACCAGUAUGAGGCGGCCUGCGAGUCGGCCUGCAGCGAAGCAGAGUCGACAGCGGCGGAGGCGCUUGACUUGCCGCUGCCGAGCUACUUCCGCUCCCGUAGCCACAGCUACCUGCGCGCCAUCCAGGCGGGCUGCUCGCAGGAGGAGGACAGUGUCUCCCUGCAGUCCCUCUCCCCACCACCCAGCACCAGUAGCCUCAGCAACAGUCGCACGCUUCCGAGUUCAUCAUGCCUAGUAGCGUAUAAGAAGACCCCACCACCGGUCCCUCCACGUACCACAUCAAAGCCCUUCAUCUCAGUCACGGUCCAGAGCAGUACUGAGUCUGCCCAGGAUACCUACCUGGACAGCCAGGACCACAAGAGUGAGGUGACAAGCCAGUCGGGCCUGAGCAACUCGUCGGACAGCCUGGACAGCAGUACUCGACCGCCCAGUGUGACACGGGGUGGAGUCACCUCAGCUUCUGAGGCCCCAGAACCACCCCCAAAAUAUGCAGCUCUGAAGAGUGAACAAGGGACACUGACCAGCUCCGAAUCCCAUCCUGAGGCCAUCCCCAAAAGGAAACUGUCAUCUAUAGGAAUACAAGAGAGGACUAGAAGGAACGGUUCCCACCUCUCGGAGGACAACGGACCCAAAGCGAUCGAUGUGAUGGCACCCUCCUCAGAAAGCAGCGUCCCCUCUCACAGCAUGUCCUCCCGACGGGACACCGACUCAGAUACCCAGGAUGCCAAUGACUCGAGCUGUAAGUCAUCUGAAAGAAGCCUCCCAGACUGUACCCCACACCCCAACUCAAACUCCAUCAGCAUUGAUGCCGGCCCUCGGCAGGCCCCCAAGAUUGCCCAGAUCAAGCGCAACCUCUCCUAUGGAGACAACAGCGACCCUGCCCUAGAGGCAUCGUCACUGCCCCCACCGGACCCCUGGCUUGAGACUUCCUCCAGCUCCCCCGCAGAGCCAACACAGUCAGGGACCUGCCGCCGAGAUGGCUACUGGUUCUUGAAGCUACUGCAGGCAGAAACAGAGCGGCUGGAAGGCUGGUGCUGUCAGAUGGACAAGGAGACCAAAGAGAACAACCUCUCUGAAGAAGUCUUAGGAAAAGUCCUCAGUGCUGUGGGCAGUGCCCAGCUACUGAUGUCCCAGAAAUUCCAGCAGUUCCGGGGCCUCUGUGAGCAAAACUUGAACCCUGACGCCAACCCACGUCCAACAGCCCAGGACCUGGCAGGGUUCUGGGACCUGCUACAGCUCUCCAUCGAGGACAUCAGCAUGAAGUUUGAUGAACUCUACCAUCUCAAGGCCAAUAGCUGGCAGCUGGUGGAGACGCCCGAGAAGAGGAAGGUGAGCAUGGAGCAGUGCGGAGGGGAAGUCCAGGGACAAAUUCCUGGUCGGCAAUAACGCUGCCCACAUCGGAAGAAAAGAAACCACCCCCUCCGGUCCCAAAGAAGCCAGCCAAAUCCAAGCCGGCAGUGAGCCGCGACAAGGCCUCCGACACCGGGGACAAGCAGCGUCAGGAGGCGCGCAAGAGACUCCUGGCCGCCAAGCGGGCAGCUUCCGUGAGGCAGAACUCGGCCACAGAGAGUGCGGACAGCAUCGAGAUCUACGUCCCUGAGGCCCAGACCCGGCUCUGAGACCAGGAAGCAGGAAGCCAACAAUUUUCAGUCAUUUAAAAAAAAAAAACCACACAAACUAAAUACGAAUGGAACAAAAAUUUUCUCAACCUUUAGUAUGGUUAUUCUAUCUAGAGACCCUGAGCCAACUUUCAAAUUGAUGCAUACAAGGGCUCACAAUUUGGCUUUUUUGGGUCCCUCCCAGCUUUAGGUUAUGAAGACUUCACACACAAAAAAAGUCAACAAAAACACAAAACUAUAAAACUUUCUUUCCUCUUGCUGGCCGUGGUGGACUAGAUGGAGGGACUUCAGCAACGCCCGGCCCAGCCUGCAGGUUGCAGUCUUUUUACUUGUUCUGUCUAAUGAGAACUUAAACGAGCUUGUUUACAAGACGACAGUCCAAGGGCAGCCUUGGGCACCUGCCAUGUCCUUCCUUUCCCAGCUACCCUCACGCUGACCUCGGAGUUUUCAUUCUUACGUUUCUUUCCCUUCAGAGCUCACACAGGGGUCACCAUCCCGGCUGGUGGCUUUCUGGGUCUCAGCCCUCUUUGCAGGGGAGAGCCCAGAGGACAGAGAGAUGGACACAUGUUCCCUCCCCACCAAGUGCUCACACACAGUCACACAUGUGCACACACACAGAUGUAGGUUCCUCUCAACAGAAGCAACCCCCACCCUGUGAUCUGCCAGCCCUCAAGCAGGCGAUGCAUUUCCCUGAAAAGAUGAGGAGGGUUUAAGUCUUUGGGAGGGAAAUGAGAUAAAAGCUACAGUAUCACAUUCCAGACUCCUGCCUUUUUCUUCUCUCCAGCCCUUCUUCCAGCAAAAUGUAUGGCUCAGUGACUCACAGAGGACACUUGAGAGAGGGACCCCAUUUGUCUGUCCCUGGCUAAGCCUGUGUACAGUACCCGGGGGGGCAGGCGGCUGUGUCUGUAGUAUGUGUACAUAUGCACAUAGACCUCUUAGAGUGUAUAUUUAACAAACACCCAUCUGCUCACCCAUGCCCACCAGCGCCACUGCUGGCUCUUGGGGCACCUGGCAGGAGGCAGGUGUGUGAAUAGCAUAUAUUUUUACAUGUACUAUAUCUAGGUGUGUGUACAAGUGUGUGUAAAAAUAUAUACUUUGUGUGUAAGCAGCCUUUUUUUUCCGUCUCCCACCUGCCCAGCCUCUAAGUUUUCUGUUCUGUUCUGUUUUUUGUUGUUUUUUUGUUUUUUACCCCAUCCACCCUUCUUUCUCCCCUGCUUCCUAGCCCCACUCCCAGGGUGUCAUGAGCCCUGAGCUGCAAUGGCCCGGGUCUGUGGGGAGGGGUGGGGAGGGCAGGAGGAGGGGAGGGCGAGGCCCAGCCUGCAGCAAGCUCAGUGCACGAGGGCUGCUCUCUGCCGGGUGUAGGCUAUAGCACUGGAGACGUCCUCGUGUCCAGCACUUGCUGCAGGGGCCCUGGGUAAACUGAGGGCCUGUUCUGGGGCCCCAUCCCAGUUUGGCCACCGUCUGUGACCUUGGGCAAGUCACUUGACCUCUGUGUGCCUCAACUUCCUCCUCUGUAAAAUGGGGACAGUCCCUGCCCCUCCCUACCUCACAGGCAUGUUGUGAGAAUAAAUGAGGUAACGUGUA